AUGGAGACGCUUAGGGCCGUCUUCACCAAGCCGGACCCUCAGGCACAGGCCCGAAAAUGCAACGCACUAUUGCGCACCAACAUCCGCAAGCUCGACCGCGACAUCAACAACAUCAAGCAGGCCGAGGCCAAGGCGCGGCAGCUCAUCAUCCAGGCCGACCGGCGCGGGCAGCGCGACCCGUCCCGCGCCGCGCAGGCCCGCAAAGAGGUGCGCCUCUACGCCGGCGAGCUGAUCCGCGCGCGGCGGCAGACGGCGCGCCUGCACACGGCCAAGGCGCAGCUCGGCUCCGUGCAGAUGCAGGUCAGCGAGGCCUUUGCCGUGCGCAAGAUUGAGGGCUCAAUCCGGUCCAGCGUCGGCAUCAUGAAGGACGUCAAUACGCUCAUUAGCCUGCCCGCGCUGGCCGUCACCAUGCGCGAGCUCGGCACCGAGCUCGUCAAGGCCGGCAUCAUCGAGGAGAUGGUCGAGGACGUGCUGCCCGAGGACGCCGACCCGCUGCUGGAGGACGACGCCGAGGUUGACAGGGUCCUGAGUCAGAUCCUCAAGGACAAGAAAGAGACGACUGCUGUGGCGGCGCCGUUGCCAGCGGCGCCGCUGCCGGAUCCCGAGGUACCCGUCGCGGCGGAGGAGGUGGAGGAGGACCCGGAGGAGAUGAUGGAUCAGAUGCGAGACCGGCUGAAUGCCCUACGAAGCUAG